UUAACAAAGUUGGCAUGUAACCUGUUGUCCAAUGUAGGUUCACCCAGAAAAUGAAGAAUGGACAUGUUUUGAACAAUCUGCCAGUCUGGACAUCAAAUCUUUCUUUGGUUUUGAGAGCACAGUGGAGAAGAUCGCCAUGAAACAGUAUGCCAGCAGCAUCAAAAAGGGUAAGGAGAUUAUUGAAUACUACCUGAGGGAGCUUGAGGAAGAAGGUAUAACUUGCGUACCUCGGUGGAGCCCUUGCCCACCAUCACCCACAAAGCCCAUGGUGCCAGUUGUUAUCCCUGCAUUGCCUAUCACUCCCACAAUCACCAUUGAAGCCCCUCCUGAGAGCAUGAAUGAGAUUCAAGUGUGUAAAGAGGGCAGCAGUCCUCUGGGCAGCCUGAACGAUGCCCUUGUAGCCAGUCCAGACGAUAAACUGGAUGCAGACUACAUCAAACGUUAUCUGGGUGACCUCACACCCCUUCAGGAGAGCUGUCUGAUUCGCCUGCGCAGCUGGUUGCAGGAGACACACAAGGGCAAGAUCCCAAAAGAUGAGCAUAUUCUAAGGUUCCUGCGUGCACGGGACUUCAACAUAGAUAAGGCACGAGAGAUCCUUUGUCAGAGUCUGACCUGGAGGAAGCAGCAUCAGGUGGACUACCUUCUGGACACCUGGAGCUCUCCUCAUGUGUUGCACGAUUACUACACCGGAGGCUGGCACCACCACGACAAGGAUGGCAGGCCUCUGUAUAUUCUACGCCUAGGACAUAUGGACACUAAAGGACUGGUUCGAGCACUUGGAGAAGAAUCCCUGCUCAGACAUGUGCUGUCAAUCAAUGAAGAGGGUCUGAGACGCUGUGAGGAGAACACCAAAGUCUUUGGUCGGCCAAUUAGUUGUUGGACAUGUCUUGUCGAUCUUGAGGGGCUCAAUAUGAGGCAUCUGUGGCGUCCUGGAGUCAAAGCUUUGCUGAGGAUUAUUGAGGUGGUGGAGGCCAAUUACCCAGAGACCCUGGGCCGUCUACUCAUCCUCAGAGCUCCCAGAGUCUUUCCUGUCCUGUGGACUCUGGUGAGCCCUUUCAUUGAUGAGAAUACACGAAAGAAGUUCCUGAUCUAUGCAGGAAAUGACUACCAGGGCCCUGGCGGUCUUGUGGACUACAUUGAUGAAGAAAUCAUCCCUGACUUCCUUGGAGGAGAGUGUAUGUGUGAAGUGCCAGAGGGCGGCCUGGUUCCCAAGUCUCUGUACAGAACUGCAGAAGAACUGGAGAAUGAUGAGAUCAGACUUUGGACGGAGACUAUUUACCAAAGUGCCAGCAUCUUCAAAGGAGCACCACAUGAGCCACUGAUUCAUGCAAAGAGCAAUAAAGAGUUUGAGAAACAAUAA